AUGCAAUGGGCUCCAGUCUGUGCGUUGCAUACUCUUCGACCCGCGGCCUGGCUUGAGGCAGGCGAGCUUUGCGCCGCGGCGCAGUCACACCAUUUGCGGUCGUCUCAAUCGCCUGACCGACUGCUCUGGCUUCAAGGUGCCUGGUCCGUCGGGCAGACAGCCACGCCAUUUGCCUCACCUGCUGACGGGCGUCAGCAGUCACUCUGGCCUAGCGUGUGCCAGGGCCGUCUGUGCACGAGUGUGCACGGCAGGCACAGGCCGGCGGGCCCCAGACGAAGGGUGAACUGCAGCCGCGGCGGCCGCUGCCGUCGCCGAUCCUAA